AUGAUGAUGUCCGUAAUUCUUCCUUUAGAUUUGGUAGAGGAAAUACUUUCUAGGCUUCCAGCCACAGCUUUAAAACGAUUAAGAUCUACUUGCACACAAUGGAACGCUUUAUUCAAAGACCAAAGGUUUACUGAGAAACACUUUAGUAAAGCACCAAAGGAGUCUAUCGUUCUCAUGCUGAAGGAGUAUAGGGUUUUUUCAAUGAGCCUCAAUCUCAAAAUUGCUCCUCCAUCUCUAGAGUUUAAGGGUGGUCUUGGCCUAAAGGAUUCUCAUUCUAGUUUAGAAGAGUUUGACAUAGAUUUAGUUGUUCAUUGUGAAGGUUUAUUGCUAUGCAUCACCAAAGAUGAUAGACCUGUGGUUUGGAACCCUUGUUUAGGCGAAACCAGGUGGAUCCCACCUAAAACCAGUUACAAGUGGAACUCUACGUUUGCUCUAGGAUACGAAAAAACGAACCAUAGCUACAAAAUGCUGAUGUUUUGGAAACGUCACAACGACAUACCACACGACCGAGUUAAUGGGUAUCAAAUCUAUGAUUUUAACUCUGAUUCAUGGAGGGUGCUUGAUAAUAUUGUCGCUCUCGACUGCUUCCUGCUAUCAUCUAUAGGCGUCUCACUGAAGGGAAAUAGUUACUGGCUUGCUUAUGAUACAGAAGGCUAUGAUGAAUUCUUACUAUGUUUUGACUUUACAGCAGAGAGCUUUAAACCUAUGUGCCUUCCUCUGGUUGUUGAUCAGAUGGCUCUAUCAGUUGUUGGAGAAAAACAACUCUCAGUGUUAAGUAAGAGCGAUAGUACAUUAACGAUGUGGGUUACCAAUAAAAUUGAUACUGAUAUUAAAGGUGUGUUGGAGUGGAGCAAAUCGUUUGCAGUGGAUAUACCCACCCACGAUUUAUGGUUUCCAUUUUUCUUCAGUUCUUUAGUUGUCGAGGAGAAGAAAGUGGCUUUGUGUUGUGAGAGAAUUUUCGAGACCGGUAGAAACAACUUUUACAUUAUUCGAGAGGGCGAAGAAUCUUAUACAGAAAUCCUUUAUGUCGAUUCUACAAACAGAUCGAGGUGGUAUCCAUUUAUUUUCAAUUAUGUUCCAAGUUUGGUUCAAAUCCAACUAUAAGAAUGAAACUUGUCAGUUAAACUUAUUUUCAAAGACAAUGUUGUUUGAAUAAUUUAAUGAAUACUUUUAAUCAAAAGAUAUA